GAGAGAGGUAUAUAUAGAGAGAGGUAGAGAGAGAGCGUGAGAAUAGAGAGAGUGAGAGAGAGAAGUUCUUUCUCAUUAAGCGACCAACCAGGUUCAGCUUAGCACACUGUCUGAACACACACACAGAGCGACAGCUUAGCACACUCUGUCUGAACACACACACAGAGCGACAGCUUAGCACACUGUCUGAACACACACACAGAGCGACAGCUUAGCACACUCUGUCUGAACACACACACAGAGCGACAGCUUAGCACACUCUGUCUGAACACACACACAGCGACACACACACACACAAAAAAGCAGAAGUGGUGAGAGGCACAGGGUUUGGGGCAACGUGGUUGGCUAUGGCUCACGGCUCUGACAGCGAUGACUCCAAUUACACCAAGUCUCCUUCGCCAGCGGGCAGCAGGCGGGGCUCCUCAGACAACAUAAAGAAAGUAAUGAGAAGAGAGAAGAACCGUAUCGCUGCCCAGAAGAGCAGGAUGAGACAGACCCAGAAGGCAGACAGUCUACACCUGGAGAGUGAGAACCUGGAGAAGGAGAACGCGGCUCUGAGGAAGGAGGUGAAGAAACUCAAAGAAGAAGCCAAGUAUCUCUCCUCUGUCCUGACUACCCAUGAGCCUCUCUGCACUGGCCUGCCCCCCCAGAUGACCCCGGACCUCAUCUACUCCCCCCAUCAUCACUCCGUCUCCCCCCACCAUCACGGGAGCAAUGUCUUCCACCACCAGCACAGCAUCGCUGUGUCGCACUUCCAGCACUGAUCACCACCGACCACCAGGUGGUGCUGAAGAGAAGGGAGAGGUUUUACUGACCUUGAUAUAGUGGGUGAAGAGAGCCACUUGAACUAGCCUCGCUAAACCAGGUCAGUCUGGUUUCAAGAGGCUACACUUGAACAGGAUGAAGUUAAUGAAUGGUUUCUUUGUUUCAACGGGAACAGACAGCACUCAUGAAUGAUGUCUUUGCAUCAGAUCAACAAUUUUCUGAUAUUAAAAGAUGACAAAAGCUUCUUUUACACAGGCAGCCAAAUUCUGAUCUUUUGCCCAAUUAUUGUCAAAAUUUCUGAUUGGGUCAAAAAAAUAAUUAAUGACAAAAGAUCAGAAUUGUGUAAAGGCACAUAGAUGGUAAUUUCCAAUGUAUGACUCGACCAUAGAAUCAAUAUCUUGACUAUGCCAAUAGUCAACAUCUGCAGGACAUAAAACCAGCAUAAUUGAAUGAUUUUUUUAUUGUACUAUUGACAUUUAUACAACAAUGAAAUGAUUCCGUGUUUACGUUUCAAGUAAUUUAUAUAGGCUUAUUACAAUGCUUUGCCGCUAGGACUGGGACGAUACCUGUUAGUAUUGUGGCAAGGGAACAAAACACAAAGCAGAUUUAACUUCUUUAGUAAAACAGUCUUAAUGUUGGAAACGAACAUCACUAUGUUAUCAUCCAGAAUCACAUGUCGUUAUUUUCCAGGCUAUAUCACAACAUAUGUUCCAUAAAGCAGGUUUAGUACCAGGCUAUAUCACAACAUGUUCCAUACAGCAGGUUUAGUACCAGGCUAUAUCACAACAUAUGUUCCAUACAGCAGGUUUAGGACCAGGCUAUAUUACACAAUAUUUUACAUACAGCAGAUUUUCAAAGGACCAAAAAAUCUGAUCUGGUUUGUGUUUUCCUUUUUUGCCAUAGAAAUAAAUAUCACAAUACUGGUAUCAUCCCAGCCUUUAGUUUUAUUUGUGUGCAUUUCUCAUGUUCACGACUACCACUAUUGCAUAUGACUGAUUGGAGCAGUGAAAAAUAGCUUGGAUUACUCAAUGAUGUGUACAUUAUUUGACUAUUUUCUCACAAAACAGCUGCUUUUCUAGUCUGAUCUGAAUACAUGUACAUUCUGCCUAAAGUGAAACAGUUUGAAAAUAACUUUGUUAACUCAAGAGUUUACGUUCGAAUCAUCUUGAAUUCGUUUAAAAAACAACAACUAUUAUUUAAUGGUCACAAGGUGGAGUCGUGUACCUACAUUUAAUUAAGGGUAAGCCUUGUUAAGGAACCGUAUGCAUUGUAUGCUCUGAUAUAAGGGAUUAUCUUAUAGACUGGUACUGAGACAGGACAUAAUAAAGGUGAAAUGAAUAAAUAAAUAAAAUAAAUACAAGUUUAGUUUACCAUCAGUGCUUGUACUUUUCAAAUGAAUUUCUUUGAAUGUUUAUUUCAUUUUUUAAAUGCUGUCUUACUGUACAUUUAAAAAUAAAGAUAGAAACUUAGAAAUUGUUUUGAAAUGCAAGAUAGUUAAUUUUUGGGUGGAAGCAAUGUUUUUUCCGACCCUGAGCAAACAUCUGGUCUGGUUGAGGGCAAACAUGAACAUUGUGAACAUUCUGUGCAACUUCCAGCCCGUAGCUUUACUGUGAACACUGAGGCUGUACCUGCUUUAAGUUACAGUUUUAACAGUGGCCAAGUAGGCUACUGUGUCUGUUUGAUCAUAAUUUAGACCUACCAGAGAGGCCUACCAGAGAGGCCUACCAGAGAGGCCUACCAGAGAGGCCUACCAUCAACAACAAUGGAGAAAAUGCGUCAAAUAACAUUUUAACAUGGAAACAGCUGUUCUAUCAUUCAGACUAUAGUAGCUGCCAUUGUGGGGUGUUCAAUGUAGGACUACAUUCCAUGAGACCUUUGAGGGGAAAAAAUCAUGCAGAGCUUGACAUUAACCUGUUUAUCCACUUGUCCUUCAGACAUGGAGGUGACUGAAAAUGUUGUGUUGUUUGAUGCAAGAAACCUCUUUACAAAAUAAAAUGUAUUAUUAUUCCCA